AUGGGGGGCCCAUGGCAGCCCUCCAGAACCCGCACACUGCUGCUCCUGGUGCUCGCGCUCCGCACACUUCAGGUGCAAGCGACACAUCCCGACUGCUCCAUUGUCCUCUAUUUCCAAGAGCAAGAAGCCGAAUGCCUGGAGAUCAUCAGGAGGGAAAGCCAAAUGCCAGCCACCCCUGGACCUCAUGAGGGCUGUUUGACCGAGUGGGAUGGAGUGAGCUGCUGGUCGGCCCUGCCCGUCGGCCAGUCCCGAGCCGUUGCCUGUCCCGAUGUCCUCCACAUCUUCAAGAAGUCCAAAGCGCUGAUCUGGAGGAACUGCACCGCGUCGGGAUGGAGCAUCCCCAGCCCCCCCUACUACAACGCCUGUGAGCUGGAGGCCAUUGGCCCCAACAAUGACACCGAGACCAAGAAAGGCUAUUUUGUCACCAUGAAGGUGCUUUACACCUGCGGCUACUCCACCUCCCUGGCAGCCCUGUUCCUGGCCAUCGGCAUCUUCUCCUGCUUCAGGAAGCUGCACUGCACCAGGAACUCCAUCCACAUCCACUUCUUCACGUCCUUCAUACUGCGUGGGGCUGCCGUGUUCAUCAAGGAUGCUGUCCUCUUCUCAGAUGAGUCCGUUGACCACUGCACCAUGUCGACGGUGAACUGCAAAGCAGCCAUCGCCUUCUUCCAGUACUCAGUCCUGGCCAACUUCUACUGGCUGCUGGUGGAGGGCAUGUACCUGCAGACCCUGCUGCUGCUCACCUUCACCUCCGACAAGAGCUACAUCUGGUGGUACAUCCUCAUCGGCUGGGGUGUCCCCAUGCUGAUGGUCUGCAUCUGGGUGGUCACCAGGCUGCAGUACGACAACCACGGGUGCUGGGACGACUAUACCAGUCUCUACUGGUGGGUGAUCAAGGCUCCCAUCCUCUUGGCCAUAUUUGUGAACUUCCUCAUCUUCCUCAACGUCACCAGGAUGUUAGCGCACAAGAUCCGCUCCCCGGACAUCAGCAAAAACUACAAGCAGCAGUACAUGAGGCUGACCAAGUCCACGCUGCUCCUCAUCCCUCUCUUCGGGGUCCACUACGUGGUGUUCGCGCUCUUCCCUGAGCACAUCGGCGUGGAUGCCCGGCUGUACUUUGAGCUGGUCCUCGGCUCCUACCAGGGGUUUCUGGUGGCUCUGCUGUACUGCUUCCUCAAUGGAGAGGUCCAGGCUGAGAUCAAGAGGAACUGGGGCAAGUGGCAGUCGUCCAUGGAGAGCAACGUCUUCAACCUGGUGACCCAAGACUUCACUGCAUGA